AUGUGCUGUAGAAAUAGUGGUCUACAUCAUCUCGGCAAGAACGGGCAGAGCAACAAUGCAAUUCAGGGCCAGCAACCGGACCCUUAUGCAGAGAAAAAUUUGAGAAUUCAUUUUAUAGCUGGUCUGAAAGAUGUAAACCUCAAGAAUUCAGCGAGAGGCUACCGAACAGCUUCGUUUAAAGAGCUGGUAGAACUUUUAGAAGAGGAUAGUGUUCGUAUGUACCAUCUUAAAAAUAUUGAAAAACGGUUGCAGUCGUGGCGUUGGGCUAAUAAGCAACAACCGGAAAACUAUUGCACCAGCUUCAAUGAAUAUGAUUGCUACGCUGAACAGUCUUGUCAGCGGGAUUUUUAUAACAAUAAUAACGACCGGUAUGUCAACUCAAAUGGUCCGAUUAACCAAGACGUUGAAGAUGACCUCAGCGCAAUAAAUUACAAUGACAAAAAUUUCGAAAUUUUCCAGAAUGAGGAAAACGUUAGCAAUUGUAGCAAUUCGAUAAUGGGAGACUUCGAAAACUUGAAAGGAAAUCUUCCGGAACAAUAUUAUACGCAAAAAAUUGAAUAUGAUCAUUCACCGCAAAUGCAUGCGAGAACGAACUGGUCCGAUUAUGAUCGGAAUAUUGACACUAACAAACAAGAACCAUAUGUUAACUACGAACAAGUGGGUCAUUAUGGAGACCAAAGUAACGAAGUAAGUGUGAAUUGCGUUAUAAACAAUAAAGAAAGCGCAAAUAAUAAUUUAAUACAUCAUGAUAGAAGAUAUUACGACCUCGAACGGUCUUUCACCAUGACGGAAAACGGUAAUAAUCCAGUUCCGAUGUUACCGGAUGAAAAUGAGUUAUUGCAUCAGCAAGAAAAAGUUUGCACUACCACAGAUUUGGAGAAAGUGCAUAAUGACGAAUUAGAAGAAAUAAAUUUGACAGAUAAGGAAGGUCAAAUGGAAGUAAGGGAUAAUAAAACGCCCACAAUGAUAACGCAUGAAAGUACAAUUAUAGUUGAGGAAGCGUGCCAAACAGAGCAAGCGAUCACGAAUAGUAAUGUUGAAACUCAUGAUGAUGAGAAAAGUAGUAAAACGAAAAAUAUUGUUGACUUAGAAGAGGAGAACGACAAUAAUUAUGUUACAUGUACGGGAAAAAAUUCUGAGGAUGAUCAAGAACACAACGAAGAAAGAUGCAUAAAUAGUGUGAUCCCACAAUGCGGAUCAGAAAAUAUUACGGAAGUUCAACAUGUCAAUGGCAUUGAUAAAAGCCCGUUGAGGGAAAAUAACUACUUUGGGUAUAAUUAUGGGAAUUAUGUCAAUGACGAAAAUUCCGUAGACUCCGGUUUUAAGGAGCAAACCGGAGAAAACGAUAACGACAACCAGUAUAGCUUAGCUGAGGGCGAAAGCGAAAGUAAUCAGUUACGGGAAAGCCCUAUCGUGUCCGACGUCGAAUACUUACGCGAGAAACCGGGUAUAGCCAACGAACAGAACCCCUCGUCGAAGCUCGAGAUCAUAAAACACUCGAGUCCGCGUAGACGACCGGUAGCGAGCGACGUGUCGUAG